GGCAGUGUCCCGGUCCUGUUCCCAUGUUCCCGUUCUUGUCCCGUUGCAACAUGGCCCUGCGGAGGGUGCUGGCGCUGGCGGCAGCCCCGGGGCGCCGCAGCUGCUGCUCCAAGCCCUCGCUGCCCCCUGACUUCGUGGAGGCCCUGAGGGCCGUGGUCGGGGCCCCCAAUGUCUCCACGGCCACGGCGGUGCGGGAGCAGCACGGCCACGAUGAGUCCAUGCACCCCUGUGCCCCUCCGGACGUCGUGGUGUGGCCCCAGGCUGUGGGGCAGGUGCAGGAGCUGGCAGCCCUCUGUCACGGCCGCCGUGUGCCCAUGGUGCCCUUCGGCACCGGUACGGGCCUGGAAGGAGGCGUCAAUGCCGUGCAGGGCGGUGUCUGCUUUGACCUGAGCCGCAUGGACGCCAUCGCAGAGCUGAGCCUCGAGGACUUCUCGGUGACGGUGGAGCCCGGUGUCACCCGCAAGGCCCUCAAUAAGCACCUGCGUGGCACCGGGUUCUGGUUCCCUGUCGGGGAUGGCUUCCACACCAUCAGAACCUCCUGGCCCCUGUGGAAUUUCUCCAGAGUGCACCGUAGAGUCCUCCCGAGAGCAGAGCAGCCACAGCAUCACAAAGGGCAUCUCAAAUUGCAUCUCAAGUCACCAGGCACAUCCUUGACUCAUCAGGGACAUGGCCCCAUGCCCUUCAGCCCAGAACUGGCUGCCGGUUUUGUAUGGAGAGAAGACAGUGGGGAAGGAGUGGACACAGAUCUGUCUCCCAGCUUUGCUUCGUUACGGGCACAGCUCAAACCAUUCCUGGCCCCUGGCCACAGGGAGGAGGAAGGGAUAGGAUGGCUGCAGCCCCUCACCUCUAUUCCCACAGAGCCCCAGCCCCCCCGGUGUGCGUGGGAGUCUCUAUGUACAUGUCUGUUUACACCGGGCAGAGAGGACUUGCAUGGAGGGAAAUGCAUGUCUGGGGAAGGGUGGGGGCCAGAGAGAGGGGACAGUGGCCCUGAGGCCAUCACAUGGCUGCCAGCUGGCCCAGCACCAUCCUGAACUGCUGCGUGCUGUUGGCGAGGUCCUUGACACGCUCCACCAUGUCCUUGGAGGCGGAAGGAGACGGGUAGUGGAGGGCAGCUGCCUUGGUGGUCAUCACGAUCUCCUUGAGCAUCUCACAGAGGAGGUUGCUGUAGUGCAUCACCUUGUGCUGGACGUCCUGGGCCUUGGCCUGGCGGGACAGCGUGUCCCCAAUAAAGACAAGCUUGUGGGCACUGAGGAUGA